CUUUUUUCGUUCCGUUCAAGCCGGACUACAUUAUUUGCAACGCAAUGUUCGCUUCCGGUUGAUGAGGACACGUCACUCAUUGGACUGAGGAAGAGGACCGGUGAAGUCGUUAGUGAACACAUUUAGUGCAAACCAUACAUCAGAAACAUGUCGAAUUCUGUCAUUUCUGUCAUCUCUCGGUUUCUGGAGGAGUAUACCACCACGACACCGAACAAGCUGAAGGUGGUGGACGCGUAUCUGCUCUACAUCCUACUGACUGGUGCUCUGCAGUUCCUCUACUGUCUGCUGGUCGGCACCUUCCCCUUCAACAGCUUUCUGUCGGGCUUCAUCUCAUGUGUGGGUGCUUUUAUUCUCGCAGGUGAGAAAUUUACAUUCAUACAUUUUCCCCCCGUCAAUUUUAUAAAACAGUGCGCAAGUUUAAUAUUUUAGUCAACCACAGAGGCCCAAAGGUACAUGUGUGUGCAGCCAGAGGCUAACAUUAGCUAACCAUACUAAGCGUUAGGAGCAAGUUAAGUGUAUUUUUUAUGAACAUUAAACACCCUCAGCUCUAGAAAAUGAAAACGCAAUCUCUCUAGACACUUGACGUUUGCGCAGCCCAUUGCUGAUAUAAAACCUUCUUGUAGUUUUUCUAUAGGCACAACUACGGAAGCUCUGAACGGACACGCAUCCAUACAAUUAAUGCACUUUGUUGUCUGUUUUUUUUAGCAAACAGACUUAACACAACUUACCCACUCUCUUCAUGGAAAUGCAAUCAGACUGAGAUGCUAAGGCAGAAGAACUUCCGCAUGCAAAAUGAUUAAUAUGGUGAUUAUUACUUUAAGGAAAUUAUAAAGAAAUGAUCAUAAAUGUUCUUCUUUGAGCUGCAUUACCCUGCAGCCGUCUGUAAUAGACUGGCCUGAGGUCACGCUACAAACAAGCGACUGCUGGAAGAGAGUAGGUGAGUUAGGACCCUAUCAGUAUCUCCUCAGACUGCUGUGUAUUGCUAUCGUGCAGUUGUUACUAAAGUUGGUAUAACUCAAGAAGUAAGAGGUCAGCAACAUUCAUCUCUCGAGGGGGUGCCUAACUUGGUGUUACAGUGUGUUUGACCCUAAAUUAAUUUUAUGCCUGACUAUCCCUUUAAGAACCAGAGGCAAUUUGCAAGGAUUAGAUGGAAAAUGCUUCUGUUUCCUGGAAGAUAUGCUUAUUUUAAAUUUGACAUGAGUAAGUAACACAUUUCAGAAAAAAAUGGUACAGGCAUAACUGUCUAAAGCCUGAAAAUCACACUUUGAGAAAUGUUUCCCAACUAGUUAGUUUGAUUUAUAACAGGUUAGUAACAUAACUGUCUAUAAAGGCUACUUCAGAGAGGCUGAGUCCCUCAAAAGUAAAGAAGGAAAGGGAUCCACCACUCUGAGAGACAGUCCAAAUAGGUAGACAAUUCCAGAAUAAUGCUCUUCAACGUAAAAUCAGAAGAAUUUGAAGGGUCUCAUGGUCAGGGGUACAUAAUAUCAUUAAAAGAGAAUAUAGCAAAAUCUCUAACUAUGGGGACAAAACUGCAAACUAAUAAGUGGGUGGCUGAUUGCAUGAAAAACAGACUCUGAGCCAUUCCAAAAGUCAUUGUCAUUGAACACAGUUUAUCACUGCAUCCAUGAUUUUAGGCUUGAUCUGAAGCUGAAAACAGGGAAUCAUUUAAACAUGAUACAGAAAUGUUGGGGACUUCUCUAGGGCAGAGUCCAUUUAAGAUGGACUCAGGUUAGAAGUAAAACUGAACUGUGGUUUAAUAAAUCAAAAUCAAACUCUCUUCUUUGGAAAUCUUGGAUGUUGCAUCGAGGACAGUGACCAUCCUGCUUAUUAUCAGUGCACAGUUCAAAAGCCUGGCUCAGUAACGGUAUAAGGAUGUACAAAUACUCCUGUCAUGGGUAGCUCACACAUCUGGGAAGGCACCAUGAAAGCUGAGCAGUAUCCCAUAAACUGUCACCCCAAAAAUCUGCGUGUGAUACUUUGCAUAUUUCAUAAAGACAAAGCAAGUUCACAUGUUACAGGUGUUACAACAGCAUGACUCUGCAGUAUAAGUGUCUAGUUUUAAACUUGCAAAUGCAAAACAAUUGAUGCAUUAUGACAGCAAAAAUGUGAGAACAGAGACCUGAACCAUCAAGCAGCUGAAAUCCUUUGAAUCAAUGCAAGAAUGGGGCAUUUCACAUUUAAUGCUCCAGAAACAGAUCACUUUGGAUGUCAAAUGUUUAGAAAGUGCCAGUAAAAAAGGAGGUGAUGCAACAGAGUGGUGGACAUGUCCCUGUCAUAGCUGAAUUGGAGUAAUAGCUCCAGUUGAAAGUGGAGGAAGAGAAGAGUUGAUUUAAAAGCCGCUCAAGACUAAAUGUAAAAGCCAUUUUAAAGGAAACUGUUAAAUAAAGACUGAUGACCAAAUAAAACAUUACCUUCAGUGAAUGUCAGUCGUGAACCUCAGAUAAAUGUGGUCCUCUUAGGUAGAGAGAGAGUAAAAGUCUCAAUGUGACAGUAAUAAAGGACUUCUGAGCUCCACUUUUGAACAGUAAGCUUGGUAAGAUUUAGCAGUUGGGUUGAAAUAAUGCCAUCUUUGUUUGCUGCAUCCAGAGCAUGAUUAAUUGCUUGGCUGUAAAAUCAUUACAAAAGGUGUUCUCAGUGAGUGAAAAAGGAGAAUUACAGCAACAAAUCACAUUUUAAAAAAAAGGUCUGAUUUAAGAGAGCAUUUAACCAGGCUUUGAUAAAUUCUGAAAAAACGACUGCUUAAUCUGACAGGUAAUUUAUCAAAAUAGUUUUUAAUGAAAAUUUUUUUUGAUCAAUUAAUAGACUAAUCACUGCAGCCACACUGAGAGGUACCAUCAAAAUAGAUUAAAUUUCAAGAAAGCCAUUUGAGCAAACCGUCAAAUUUCUGAAACAGCUGAUUGUGACUCUUUUUAGGCUGAGUAUGACGUAAUUUAUAACUUUAAAAGACCAAAACAGGCCCCGUUAUAAUUAGUGAUGCACGAUAUGAAAAAUUUCAACCGAUACCGAUAACCGAUAAAUUCAUAUUUUUACAUUUAUUAUAAUCUUCAUAUAAUCUGCAGUUUGUGCAGGAUGCAGCGAUUGAAAACUGAUGUUUUUGUUGCUCUGGCCCAUCUAGAACAACAAACAAAAGUUUUUGGCUCUUCAAAUGUGGUCAUUUGCUAUAAAUAACAAUAACAGAGCAAAAAGCAGAACUUCAUUUGAUCCCCUGAACUGUUCAACAGAACUGUAAACUGUAAAGGAGCCAUUAUGAGACGUUAGGCUUAGCAUGCUGACCGGACUAACAUCUGACGUCCAUAUGUCUGUGGUAAAACUCACGUGUAGUCCGUUCUUGUCGAUCAGGUUGUGAAUAUAUGUGGCGACAAUAUCAUAGAGUGCAGGAAGAGACACAUCCGAGAAGAAGCGGCGGCUUGGGAGAGUGUAACGUGGCUCCAAGUGUGCUAUUAACUUGCGAAAACCCGGGUUCUCAACGACGGAAAAAGGCUGGUCGUCGACCGCUAUGAACUCCAUCACUUUGUCGUUAAUGGCUUUAGCCUUUUCGCUGUCUCUUGAGAAGCUUUUGCAGUUUUUAAACGUCCGCUGAAUGGGGACAUCGAUCUUCCGUAGUGUUGUUGUCUUAGCUUUAGUACCGCUAGCAGCUUCGGCGGCUGUCUCAUAUUCUUUUACUACCGCUUCGCCGCGAUGGCGACUUUUCAGAUGAGCUAUCAGAUUCGUUGUGUUAAUACUUGACGUCUUCUUUCCUCCUCUCGGAAUCCUCGCUGAACAGGUUUUGCAUAUAGCAGCUGUUGUCAUCUUCUGCCACUGAGAGAAACGACCAUGCUGGUGAAGACAUUUUAUCUGUCGGGUAGUGACGGGGUCAGGCUUGGGACCUGCGAGUAAGGCGCGAUAGAUGACGUAACCAGCGCGUCUCGGACGGGCGGCUACUCCGCCUGCAAACGUUACUCGUAAUUUCAUUAAUAUAUCGGAUCUUUCUAUCGGAAAAAUGCACCUAUCGGACCGAUAAAAAAUGACGUAAUUUCCCCCCAAAUCGGCCGAUAUUUUAUCGGUCCGAUAAAUAUCGUGCAUCCCUAGUUAUAAUAUAAGCAACAAAUCAAGUCCCCUAUACAGAGUUUUGUCAAGUUCAGUCCUACCAGAGACUUUGGACUCUGAGCCCGGAGUGUGUUUAAAAGUUGCUGCAGAGACAGAGUCUCAGGGCUGGGCGACAAAACGAUAGCGGUAUAUAUAAAACAUUAAUUUCCCUCAAUAUCAAUGUAAAACAUUGUCAGUAUGCUUUUCGAUAGGCAUUCUGCCAUGUUAUGGUAGACUGUACUAGUGCUGGGCGAUAUGGAAAAAAAUAUUUAUCACGAUAUGGAUCAUUUUAUAUCACGAUAACGAUAUAUAUCACGAUAUAGCUAUGGUAUGCUUUCAGUUCUAUGAAAAAUUUAAGUGUAUACAGCUGCACUAGUACAGUACCAGUACAAGACCAGCACUUAAAACUAGAAAAAUGAAUAAAUAAAUACGUGGCUGAAGUGCGUUCAUGUCUGUGCUCACCCAAAGUUAUGCAACACUCACAGAAAACGCCGAUAGUGUGAGCCAAAGCACUCCAUAAUAAUAAUAAUAAUAAUAAUAAUAAAUUUAAUUUGUAAUGCACUUUACAUUUACAAGAAAUCUCAAAGUGCUACAGUACACAGUAAAAAAAGAGCAGCAACAAUAAAAAAGCAAUAGAAUGACAGUCACAGAUUGGCAUAAAAGAAGUAUUAAAAAAAAUAAAAAAUAUAGAGUUGCAAUGUAAGAGGCAAGGUAGUAAAAGCAUAAAGCAUAGAGGAAAACUAACCAAAGGCUUUAUGAAAAAGGUAGGUCUUUAGGGCUCUUUUGAAGAGGUUGUUCCCCCGCUAGAUGUUUCUCCUCCAAAGCUGCUCUCUGCCUCCAUCAUUGUUUACUUUAUUCUUGAAGCACGUAGCAAGACCCGAGCAUGAAUCCGAGCGCUUUAUUCGCCUAUCAGGGGCAGACAGGUAAGGUGAUUUGAUUCGCCACGACUCCAGAAAUGAUUGAAAAACUACAGAAUGUCACAAAAUUACGUUUCCUCGCUGCUGGCUUGAAGGGUAGAAAUGCGCAGCCGCGCUCCCAGAGAUGACUACAAAAAUGGACGCACCUGUUCAUCUGGUUGUUUAACGCGGCUGAAAAUGAUCAUCUAUUAAUGUUGUUCCCGCUCCUGCCCACUCCCGUUGCCUUUUUUCCCCGUCCCGUCCCGAUCAAGUGAUUAAUUAAAAAAAUGACUCCCAUCCCGUGGGAUUCCCGCGGGAAUCACGUGACCCACGGGAAUUCCCGAAAAAUGUCAUCCUCUAUAGGGAAGGUCCCGGCGCAGAUGAAACAGGUGCCGGAGCGGCUGAAAUAGGUCCCGGAUCCGAUCAAAAGAGGUCCCGGAUCGUGCUCCGACUUGCUCCGGCACAAAUGAUCAUAGACAUAAUAAAGGGUAGACCCCGCUGGGGGUGCUGCGCAGCGAGAAAUGCGGCCGCCAUCUUGGUCAGGUCAAGCUUCCCAUACGCUCCGGUCAAUCAUAUUCAUUCAUUCAGCGAUGCCGGAGCACUGUGCGGCGUAUUCCUGUGCCAACAGGCGGACAGCAGAGAACAGGGCUCAAGAAAUAACUUUUCACAGUUAUGAUUAAACGUUUUUUAAACAUUACACUUGACUGUAGAGUCAUUUGUAGGCCAAAGAGGAAGACUAUCGGUCAACUCCAAAAAGGAAACAGCAUUUGCGAACAGCUAGCUUAUUCACAAUAAUAGCAACUUUGGUCGAUUAUCAACAGAUUUGCAUUAGAUUGAAAAACUUUUGUUUGAGAGAGGUUCUAAGAAACGUUAAGAAAUAAAAUAGAAAGAAAAAGGAAGAAAGUGAGCUCUGUUUUAUUAUCUGUUUUAUUAAAGAUUUCUUUGUGGUGAUCUCCUGUCUCAUUUUGAAGAUUUCCUAAGGACAAAAACUUGAGGAAGAAGUGGGAGAUUGCUGUUAGAGGGAGAAAUUCGCAGCAAGUGAUUCAUCUGUGCUGUGUAGCCAACAAGCAAAUUGAUAUGUAGUUUAGAUGCUGUCCUGUCAUGCUGUUCUUGUGUUUAAAUCUUUUUGAUAUGUAGGCUAUAUAUUUGUGUGUAUUUUCCAGUUAUUAAAAUAGUGCUUCUAUAUGACAUUAUUUGUGUGUGUCUACAAAUGGAUAAAUAAAAUUAAACUAUAUAAAAAAUUAUAAUCAAAUCAAUAUAUAUUGAAUUGGCCUAUUAAUACCGCCAGUUAUUAAUAAUUAUUGAGACAUAGCAGGAACCUAGCUCUAAACCUAAAUAUAUCCUUGAUUAAUUGUUAUACUAUAAUACAGCCACUGCUGCCAUGUUCUAAAAUAUCAUUUUAUUCAUUCUGAGUAUUUGAAAACGCCAAAAAAAAAUAUGGCCUCUAUCAUGCCUCUUUGAAUGGCGUUUGCAGAGAAGAAAAUUACGUAGUAUUGAGCGAACUAUGAUUCAUUAAUGCGCUCAGACUUCAUUCCGCCGGUUAAACAGCGGUGCAGAGUGAGGCGGAUGACCGGACCAAGAUGGCGGCCGCAUUUCUCGACAGCGCCCAUUCGUGGUAGCGGCCGAUGCGGGGUCUAUCUUUUAUUAUGUCUAUGCAAAUGAUCCCCUCACUUGUGUAACCCAGGUAACCCGCAACGGCGGAAGACGCUGGACACGAAGAGGGCACGUAAAGCGGCGUCAUGUCGCAAAAUCGAAAGAGAAAUGCAAGCCUACAUCCUUUUCUUUGUAAGAAAAUAUUGUUUUCUUUCCCGUUCGACACCAAAUACACUUACUGAAUGUGCAAUUAUUGUUGUUGUUACUAUGAAUCAUCUGAUGGCACAAGCCCUAUGGAUAAAAUACAGCCUAUCGCCCGAAACGAUAAAAAUAAAAAUGGCACGAUAGACAUUUUCUAUCGUGCCCACGAUAUCUAUCGUCCUAUCGCCCAGCACUAGACUGUACUAAUAGCCAAUAAAAAGUCCAAAUCCGCACCGCGCCGAACCAAUCAUGUGCUGAAUUAGAACCAAGUAGCAAACAACUGUGUACUAGCAGGCUGCAGCUACGUACAUGCAACCAUAGCACUUUAACACGUGAAUACGACAGCACUGUCGGUGAGAAAAAUAAGAAAAUGAGUGCUACCCCUGUCAGGAAUGCAGUUGGAGGCUUAACCAAUGAUGAAAUCAUUGACCAGACUGGCACAAGCAAGUGCGGAGCAGUCCACGAUGACUGUGUAGUCGAAACAGCUGCCCAUUCAGUGCAACGCCUUUCGACAUAAUGUUGAAGAGACACAAAGACCUCAGAUGCAGUAGCUUAUUGUAUUGCAAAAGACAUGCUACCAAUAAGCACUGUUAAAUUCCAUUUAAGAGUAACAGGAAAGAGUACCUAUAAGUUGAAUGUGUGAACGACUGAUUAAAAACCCACUGUCUUUUGCUUUCUCCUCAGUGUGUCUACGUAUCCAGAUCAACCCACAGAACAAAGGAGAUUUCCUGUCCAUCUCUCCAGAGAGAGCCUUCGCCGACUUCCUAUUCGCUCACACCGUCCUCCAUCUGGUUGUGAUGAACUUCAUUGGUUGAAACAAACGUGCAUCUGAUUCAGUGUCCCACUUUCAGAAGGCAAGUGAUUUUAAAUUUAAAAAUAUAGCGAGACAAAAUGUUGAUGUCAGCACUAGGGAUUGGGAUCAAUACCCGGGUCCAUUUAAAACCUUGUUCUGCAUUUUUCAAAACUCCAAAGUCAUUGAGGUUUGAGUUUAUUGAGCCUGCUAUCGAGUCCCAAAGGUCCCAUGAAGUAAUGUUACACUUUGAUUUCAGUCUGCCCUGUAAAUGCAGAUCAGCAGUGCGCACACAUUUGUAGACUGGCUAAUAAAGUUUAUUAAAAAUUUAAAUUGGCUGCCGACACGUAUUAAACCUCACAAAGAGGACUCUCUCAACGAUGGCUGAACAAGUAAGGAGGUCCAAUGUGGGGCUACAUUUUACCAAAGCUGAAGACCGAGAGGAAAUGAUAUGCAGUAUACGGUGCAAAAAAAUUCCUUUGUCGAGGUGAACCACAACCUCUUUCUAAACUAUGAAGCCACUACAAAAGAAAGCUGUCUCAGAAAGGAAAUAUUAAUAUCAUGCUUGAAAUAAGCACACAGUAAUACCCUAAGUUUAUAGAAGUAGUUCUUUUUGCUAGCUGUCACAUACUAUGAAUCGUAGAGAGGAAUAAGAAGAAGCUGCUGUUAGCAAAGUAGCUGUAACAGCUGUCUGAUGGAUGAUUUUGCAUUUUUAAAAAAUAAUUUUUCGAGAUUUGUUGUGAAUCCAAAACCAACAUCAGAGCUUGUACUUCUCACUAAUCAACUGAUCAUUGAAACUCUUGAACUAUUUAACUGUUCUUUAAAGGGUUUUCAUUUACUCUAGCAAUUUCUGAUCUAUCAGAAAUACUUGAGAAUAAAAGCAUAGUUUUACUGUGCAGGAAAUAAAGAAACCUACACACAAGGCCAAAAUUUAUCAAAAUGAAAGAAUGACAGACUUUUGUUGUAUGAGGUCAUGUUUUCGCCAAAGCAGUUCCAGUUAUAGGACCAGGAAGGUUAUUGCAUUUAUUUGUCAAGUUUAUCAGGUAACAUGUCUCUUCGCCUCUGGUCUUGACUGAUUGUGCUGCUGCAUUUUCAUAUUUUCCCCAAAUGUUGCAGUUGCAUCACAAUCAUCAUGAGGUGAGAAUCACACACUGUGACGGCUCUAUUACAAAGGUAUCAGAGAGAUACCUUUCAAGUUUAGGCUUUAAGGUCCUUUCACAAUGGGACCGUUCAUGUCGUGCGAUUAUUUCGGACGUCAACUUCGUGUGUCCACUUCUGACCAAUCAGAUUGCGUGUUGUUGUGACGUCAGAUUCACCGGUAUAUCCAACAUGCCCGACUGACUGAUUGUUUGCGUGUCGGAGAACAGCGUGCUUUUUGAUAAAAAACACAAAUAUUACAAAGAUAAUGACCUGAAGGACAACUUGUCAGAUCUCUCAUAUGACAACAGUUUGUGUGCUUUAACAGUUUGCUAAACGUCUUUGUUUUAACUUUCAUCUGUGCUAAGUAACUUUAGCUUGUAAGCUAACCUGUUCAGAUACAACAUACCAUAUGUAGUUUCUAUGUCUCAAACUCAAUCGCGUUGCUGUCACAGCACCAUUAGGUCUCGGUUGUUACCUUAUGUUUAUUGAUUAUAGUUUAAUGUGCUUAUCUGGUACUGGCCCCGACUCAGUAAAUGCUAUUUAUAGUCCAGCAGAAUAGUGUGCUACAUGCUACAGACAGCCAUCUCAACACAAGUGUCUAAUCAGAACUGAAAAACAGUCAGUCUGGUGUUGUGUCAGUCUUCUCGCUUCCACCCGGGACGCAUCUUUUCCCCCUCAGAAAGUCGCAAAAUCGCAUCAGGCUUGAUGUGUAUAGUCAGACACAUCAAAAUUCUCCUCCGAAUAUUUCGCAUUCUAUAUUCGCGUCGGCCCCGGCGUGUAAGGACCUUUUAAGCAGAGAUCCCGCUCUUUUAAACAUCUAUUUGACGUAUCCAACAUGCCAUUUUUAAGUACUUUAUCUUUCAGCCUUUUUUAAUUGUGUCUAAAAUAUGAUAGUUCAGAAGUUAUUGCAUGAAUUCCUUCAUUUUCAAGUUUAUUUCAACUUUCCAGACAUCCUUGAAAGAACUUAGAUUAAUCUCUCUUUAACAUUCCUCAGUACUGACUGAAACAUUAUGUUUGCAAUAAUGUAAAAGCAGAUAUGUCAAGGAUAAUGCAUUCUUCCCAAUGUCAGUAUGAAAUAAAAUGUGACUAUUUCUUUCAAGGAUAAUGAGUGUUUAUGGUGUCAUCUCUCCAUGGACAAUAACCAGGGGAAUUUCAUGGACUUGAGGGAGGAUUUAAGUGGGGUUUCUGUACAGAAACAACAUUACUGUAAUGUUUGUACUUAUAAAACAAGAAAAUACCACCGUCCUCUGGGUGCACUCACUCACAUUAACUGUUCUUGCCAGUUCAUUUCUUCGCUCUCGGUGGAGCAGCUCCAGAUAGUUAAUGUGAUAAGAUGCACUUCCUUCCUGCUUCUCCUGGGAGAUCCACAUCAAACCGAAUAUUGCUUAUGCCUCACUAGAAAACAGAGUUAUUGAAUUUCAGACUUGCAGGCGGGUCAGAAGACAGUUCUGCGUCCUCUUGUUUCUCUUUUGUCUCUAAAUGACGUCUUUAAUAACCCACACAUCUCCUCUGUUUCUCUCAUAGAUCACGACAUUUGGAGUCACCAAACACCCCCCUAGACGUGAUGCUACAUGAGUCCAUGUGCCACUGAGUCGCAGAGUCCUUCUGUCCCCCUAGAGCCCACCAAAAUAGAUGCAUCUUGUCUCAUAUGAUGCAGUACAAUUUUCUUACUGAAGACCUUUUUUUUUUCUUUUUUUUAUGUUUAAAUUUGUAAAGCAUUCCCUUUUGCACUGAAGCAAAGAAUAAAGAAAACAAUGAAACUCAG